AUGUCAGAACAACAGUCAUCCAAAUGGCAUCCAGACCAGAAUGAGAAUCAUCAUGCAGCAAAAAAAGAAUUUUCUUCAGAAUAUAGCAAUGAUUUUGAACAAGUAGAAACAAGUAACCAUUAUCAGUCUUCAGGAAAAAGCAGCGAAAUUUCUUCUCAGUCUAAUUCGCAAUCAUCUAAUAGUUCAAUUUCUGAAGAUUUGACAGUUUUACCAGAAAAACAAAAUGAUACUUUUUCAGGAAAUUCAAAUAUUGAAAGCCAGUCAAGAAGUAAAAACAAUGAAUUAAGUAAAUAUACAUUGUCUCAGUUAUCAAAAAACACUAUAGAAGAAUCAGUUCCAGAAAGUUUGGAACAAGGAUCUAUAACUGAUGAGCAGAAAGCUUCAAUUUCAAAUCCAGUUCACAGUUCUCAUGAAGAUCAUAAUUUGACUAACAAAUCAGUCCAAGUACCAUCUAUUUCUUCUCACAAUCAGAUAUGCAAAUCUGUUUCUACUGUUUCUGAUAUGGGUUCUCUCUUUUCAAUAGAUCAGUUUUCUCCUAAUGUGGAUGAGCAUUUUAAUGGAGAAUUACAGUCUCUUGUAUCGAGUGAUUCUUUUACUAAAUUUACAUUGGAUAUGGUCAAUCAAUUGACUCAAGAAGAAAAGUUAAGAAAUCGCCAUCAGUUAGCUAGAUUACGGCUGCAAGAAAAAGAAUUGAUGGAAAAAACUAAAGCAGAGUUAUCAUGUCUUGAAUUAUUAAAAAA